AUGGAUAAAAAUUGUCGUCAAGAAAAAAGUUACCUGACUCGCAGAGAAAGCAACGAAAAUAAUUUUAAAAGUUUGUAUCGCUUCACUCGUGAACACGUUGAUUUUUUGGCCAAGACUUUCCUCGAUGAUUACAAUGAAAUCCGAGGAGGAGCAUUAAAUAAUGUUCAAAAAAUGAAAUGCUUUUUGCGGUACAUAGGCGAUCCCGGUUUUCAGGUAGGUGUAGGUGAAGACCUGGGCUUCCACCAAACUACAGUCUGUAAGACACACUGGUUUAUGGAUUUUAACAUCCUACAUACGAAAGAACGGGUCAUAAUUGAACGGGUCUUUGGUCAGGUCAAACAAAGGUUUCCAAUACUUCAAUCGAAGGUUCGGAUUGCGACAGAGAGAGUCCCAACGUUAAUCAUAGCGUGCUUCACAUUGCAUAACGUAGCAAAAUUUCUAAACGAUGAUGAUUUCGAUAUUAAUGAGAUAUCCAACGAGCUUUUCGAUUUUGUUUCCGUUCCAGAAGCUACUGAAGCCGCCAGCACGACGCUUCAUCUUGGAAAACGUCGACGAGAUGCAAUUGCUUCAUUUAUAAACGAGUGGGUGCAAUUUUAAAAAUUCGGAUAAUUCGUUCAGUUUGAACAAUACGCUUUUUUGUCCGUGUCACUUAUAAUUUUUUUUUAAUUUGCUCAUGAAAAUAUUAUCGUUUAAUAUAAAAAGUCAUUACAUU